AUGUCUACACAGCUACCACCGCCAUCGAAGAAGCAGAAGAAGGAGGCUCAGAAUGCCAGAGAAGUGGUAGGGUUGGUCCCCGAGGAUGUUCCUCAUGUAUCUAUUAAAUUUAAAGCGGAAGACACUGGUGAGUUUGUUGGAGGUACUCUACGUGUCCCAGGUGGCAUUACUGAGAAGCAGCUAGAGGAACUAUUGAAUCAGUUGAAUGGUAAUGGUGAAGAUCCGGUACCGUACACUUUCAGUUGUACUGUCAAGAACACUAAGAAUGCAGUUACUACUACGCAUACUGUUGAUAUUGUUGAUAACAUAUACAGUUCGCUGUUGAAGCCCGGUCAUAACAGUACGGAAGAUAUAAUAACUUUGGAUUUCCAGCCUAGGGCUGUUUUCAAGGUGAAGCCCAUCACUCGUAGUUCAUCAGCCAUUGCGGGCCACGGUGCAACUAUUCUGUGUUCUGCUUUUGCUCCACAUACAAGCUCAAGAGUUGUCACAGGUGGUGGUGAUAACACCGCCAGAAUAUGGGACUGUGAUACACAAACUCCAAAGGUCACCCUCAAUGGACACAGAAACUGGGUUCUAUGUGUAUCGUGGUCCGCGGACGGUGAAGUUAUAGCUACUGGAUCCAUGGACAACACUAUAAGAUUAUGGGAUGCUGAGAGUGGUAAGCCAUUAGGUGAUGCAUUGAGAGGGCAUUCUAAAUGGAUUACUUCUUUGACCUGGGAACCUAUUCACUUGGUUGAGCCAGGCUCUAAGCCUAGACUGGCAUCUGCUUCGAAGGAUGGUACCAUCAGAAUUUGGGACUCAAGCAGGAGAGUUUGUUUGAUGACACUGGGUGGUCACACAAACUCGGUAUCCUGUGUGAAAUGGGGUGGUGAAGGUAUAUUAUACAGUGGUUCUCACGACAAGACCGUCAGGGCUUGGGAUAUGAAGCAGAACGGUAAAUGUAUCAAUAUUCUCAAAUCACACGCACAUUGGGUAAAUCACUUGUCUCUAUCCACAGAUUAUGCGCUACGUGUAGGUGCAUUCGACUACACUGGAGUAAAACCUGCCAAUGCAAAGGAGGCUAGAGACAAAGCACUACAGAACUACGAGAAAGUCGCCAGGAAGAACGGCAAGCAUGAAGAGCUGAUGGUCACAGCAAGUGACGAUUUCACCAUGUUCUUGUGGAACCCAUUGAAGGGCACAAAACCAAUCUCCAGAAUGACAGGACACCAGAAACUGGUAAACCAUGUAGCAUUCAGCCCCGAUGGGAAGUACAUUGUCUCAGCAUCGUUCGAUAACUCCAUAAAGCUGUGGGAUGGUAAAGAGGGUACUUUCCUAUCCACGUUCAGAGGCCAUGUAGCCAGUGUUUACCAAGUAGCAUGGUCCUCUGACUGCAGACUGCUAGUUUCUUGCUCUAAGGAUACUACUUUAAAAGUCUGGGAUGUCAAGACCAGAAAGCUGUCUGUGGACUUGCCAGGCCACCAGGACGAAGUAUACACCGUCGACUGGAGUGUCGAUGGUAAGCGUGUAUGCAGCGGAGGUAAGGACAAGAUGAUGAGACUGUGGACACAUUGA